UAUUUUAUCUUGUUUAAUUUUUGUUUAGGUGGAAAGGUUGCUCGUGGCUGUGAUGCCUUAUCAGUGUUAGAAAACGAGUCAAUUCGCAAUUCCUUUUAUAAUGAUAUAUUAGAGCUUGAAGCUUUUCUUCAACAACGGAUUUUAGAGGCUGAGGCAAUCACCAAUGAUGUUCUCUCUUCAAGCUUGUUUCAUAAUGCUCCUUCUACCCUACAAAUGCAAUCAGUCAAAAAUAUCAGAGAAAUGCUUAAUUUGGUCACAGACAUUUCAUCACAAUUAAUGUCUACUAAGCUUAAACAUCUUUAUCUCAUAAAAGGUUGCUCAAGGUAUGUGGAUAGGCUUGUGUAUUCCUUGAAAAGUAAACUAGAAACAGCUGAGAGGAUGGUUGAAUGUCAGAAAGCUGUAAAAGUGAAGUAUCAAGAAACUAUAGCAGAACAAAAUUCCUUAGAACCUAAAAUAAAAAUGAUUGUUGAAAAAACAAAGAUACUUCUUUCACAGGUUGAGAAAGAUAUAUCAAAACGGUACAAAAACAGACCAGUGAAUAUAAUGGGAGGUUUAAGUGCUUUGCAACAGAUUCUUGUAUAAUAAAGGUGUAAAUAAAGUUUAUAUUGCAUUAUUACUUUCUGAGUGAUAUGUGCUAUUAAUAUAUAUUAUGUUUGAUAUAUUAAAUGUGAUAAAUUACACAUAUAUAAACAGUUAAAAGAAAUUUUUAAAAAAAGCUCCUUUUAAGAAAAGAAGAUAUAUAUAAAAGGAAAAAAAAUUGCUAAAUUGAAAUUAAGAAACUGAAAUUUUAAAAAAUAAAAAAAAAAAAUCUAAUGAUAAUUUUGAUGCUUUUCCAUAUUUCUUAUUAACUGUGAGAUUAUUAAUUUUACAAAAAUUUAUGAGCUGUUCAGUCUUUAUUUGUUGACUAUGAAACAGUUAUUUCUGUAAGUGGCAUGAUGCUUUUAUCCACUGUGAGAUUUUUCUGUUACUGAGUAUAAAUUGUCAUUUAAAAAAAUUUAUUUAAUAUAAAUUAUAAUGAUAUUGUAUUAAACAAAUAAUAAUACAAAUAUUAUCUUAAUGAACAGUAUAGUAUAAAAAUGAAGAAUAAAAUAAACAAUUAUUAAAGCUAGCUAAUAAAAAUUGUUUAACGACAGGACAUUAAUAAGUCCAAAAAGCCAUGCCAUUCAAAGGGUAAAAAUAUUGCCAAAAAUUGCUUUUCUGAAUUCAGAAAUUGAAUUUUUUAAACGCAUUUUUUUAAAUUAAGGCAUUUGUUGAAAUAGUUUAUCUAAAGAUCUUUUUGGUUAUUAUGGUAUAAAAUUUUAAGUUGUAAAUGUUGUUAGUUUGUACUGUUUUGUAUGUAAUUAAAAUUUGAGCAUAGCUAGACUCAGGUCAAAUGCAGGUCUUUCCGCAUCAUUCAAGGGUUAUUCUGGUAGGCAGAUAAUUUUAGGGACUAAAUUAGAAAACAUUUGUUAUUUUUAUUUGCUUGCACCCUCUCUGAAUACUUCUAACAAUGUUGUUAAUUUCUAGCAUAGCAUAAUAUAAUAGUUUUUCUAUCCAUCGGAAAAUUAAGCAAUCAUGUUAUUAAAUGUAGUCUACUUGCUUAUUUUCUAAAUUUUUAUAUACAUUCUUUAUAUUCAUAUUGUAGUGGGAGUAUAAAUAAAAUAUAUUUAAUUUUUUACUCUAAAUAAAAUAAUACUUUAGUUAUAAUGUAUAUAUUAAUCAUAUUUUCUUUAUGCAAUUGGAACUGUCUUUAUUUUUAAUUUAUAUUGUGUACAUUAAGGCUGAAGGCCAAAUUAAUUUAUAGACUGAAGAUUUUAUCUUUUUAUGCAAGUUUUUCUUGUCACAAAUGAUCCAAUUUUAAAUAACAUUUAUUUUGAGCUAACUUUUAAUGUCCAAGAAAUAAAAAUCAUUUGUUGAAAUUUAAUAGAAUCAUAUGCUUCUAAUUCUGAUUUGUUAAUGCCAUGCCAUUUAAUAUCUGAUCUUAAUCUAAAAGAAUGUUUUUCACUCUGUUUUCAUUAGCCUAAAUCCUAUGUAAAAUUCUUUGACGUCUUUUAACUGUUAUGCUAUUUAUAUUUUUAUAGUCAUAAUAAAAUUUAAUUAAACAUCAAAUUCAUCAAAGAAAAGUUAUAAGAAUAAAAGCCAUUAUUUUUCAAAUAAAA